AAAAAAACUCUGCAGCCGGUCAAUGCAAGUAGGUGGGAUUGCUUGUGUUGUGUCAAUUCGGACCCGCACCCGCCUAACAAAUCCAGCUGGUGGAGUGGAGGCACUGUAUCCCGUACCCACUCUGGCCUACUCCAUCCACCAAAAGUCCAGGGCCCCAAACGGCCAAACGCAAAAGCGAGAGCAAAGCAAGCUUCGGCCUCACCUCCAGCGGCAGGUGGUGCUGCGGAGCUUCUCCUCGCCCUAGAUCCCGCGCACCCAACGCCAGAUCAGAGAUCAGGGCGCGCCGGCCGUCUCCAUUGUCCGGCGGAUCCUGCGUUGCGAGCUGGACCGAGAGGGAGGAGCGAGGGAGCGCGCGGGUAGAGAAGGCGGGGCGGGGGGAGGAAGGAAGGAAGGAGCGCCGGCCGGAGCAGACGUCCCCUCGGGGCCCUCGGUCGGAUGAGAUCGACGAUGAAGGCGCAGCACGCCAACGGGCGGGGGAGCAGGAGCCCCUUCCUGACGUCCUACGCGCUCACGCUCGCCUUCAUCACCUUCGUCUCCGUGCUCUACUUUAAGGACUUCUCCUCCACGCUGCACCGCCCCUUCCUCCACCGCCCCCGCCGCCACGCCGCCCCAGACAAAAGCCAGGCGGGGCGCCGCGCGGCGGCGGAGCGGCUGCCGUUCGCGGUGGGCGCGGCGCCGGCGGGGUGUGACGUCGGGCGAGGGGAGUGGGUGUACGACGACGCGGCGCGGCCGUGGUACCAGGAGGAGGAGUGCCCCUACAUCCAGCCGCAGCUCACGUGCCAGGCGCACGGCCGCCCCGACCGGGCGUACCAGCACUGGCGGUGGCAGCCGCGCGGGUGCUCGCUGCCCAGCUUCAAUGCAACUCUAAUGCUAGAGAUGUUGCGGGGUAAACGAAUGUUGUUUGUUGGAGAUUCUCUGAACCGUGGGCAAUAUGUAUCUUUGGUUUGCCUCCUGCACCGAAUCAUCCCUGAGAGCUCCAAGUCAAUGGAGACAGUUGAUUCCCUUACAGUUUUCAAAGCAAAGGACUACAAUGCCACCAUUGAGUUCUACUGGGCUCCCUUUCUGGCCGAGUCGAAUUCGGAUGAUGCUGUUGUGCACCGGAUCGCGGAUCGGAUCGUAAGAGGGACAUCCAUUGAGAAGCAUGCCAAGUUUUGGAAGGGGGCUGACAUCUUGGUAUUCAACACCUACCUAUGGUGGAUGACUGGACAAAAGAUGAAGAUUUUGCGGAACUCCUUCGAAGAUAAAAGCAAGGAUAUCAUAGAGAUGGAAACGGAGGAAGCCUAUGAGAUGGUACUUAAUGCUGUGCUGAAAUGGGUGGAGAGCAACAUGAACCCCAGGACAUCAAGAACAUUCUUUGUCACUAUGUCACCCACCCACACAAGGAGCAGAGACUGGGGCGAUGAUACUGACGGGAACUGCUACAACCAGACAGCCCCCAUCGAGGACCUGUCCUACUGGGGGCCAGACACCAGCAAGGGCCUGAUGCGCGUGAUCGGAGAAGUGUUCAGCGCGUCUAAGUCCAGGAUCCCCGUGGGGGUUGUGAACAUCACCCAGCUCUCCGAGUACAGGAAGGACGCGCACACCCAGAUAUACAAGAAGCAGUGGAACCCGCUGACCCCGGAGCAGGUCGCGGACCCUAAGAGCUACGCGGACUGCACGCACUGGUGCCUGCCGGGGCUCCAGGACACGUGGAACGAGCUGCUCUACUCCAAGCUCUUUUUCCCCUGAGUUAAAGGUUUGAGUUGCGAGGUGCACGGUGAAGUUGGGGUCUCUCUCUGGCAUUGGCACGCUGCACAAUACUAGUUAGCUUGGCAUUGGCCCAGCAGUCUGAAGAUGGAUGCUCUGCUGCGGUAUGGCAUGGCAUGGUAUUGUUGAUGUACGAUUCAUUCGUUGGAAAACCUGGACGUGAGUGCUGGAAUUGCACCAUCUGGCCUUUUCUGUACAUGCCUGAUGUAACGGUGGUGUUGUGUUUCCCCACCACCACCUCUCUUUUCACGAUGAUGACACAGUGCAUGAAUAGUUGUAUGGGGUAAUGUGAUAAUACAUACUGUAAUUCUCUGGUUC